AGGAUGGGCCGGCGCGGCGCUGCGAGCCUGCCCCGAGGCCCCAGCCCGCGGCGGCCGCUCCUCCCCGGCGUCCUCCCCUUGCUGCUGCGGCUGCUACUGCUGCCGUCCCGGCCGGGCGCAGGAGCCGGGGCCGACCGGCCGCCGCAUCUCGUCUUCGUGUUGGCGGACGACCUGGGCUGGAACGACGUGAGCUUCCACGGCUCGAAUAUCCGCACGCCGCACCUGGACGAGCUGGCAGCCGGCGGGGUGCUCCUGGACAACUACUACACGCAACCGCUGUGCACGCCAUCGCGGAGCCAGCUGCUCACCGGCCGCUACCAGAUCCACACAGGUUUACAACACCAAAUAAUCUGGCCCUGUCAGCCCAGCUGCGUCCCUCUGGAUGAAAAACUCCUGCCCCAGCUUCUAAAAGAAGCAGGCUACACUACCCAUAUGGUCGGAAAAUGGCACCUGGGAAUGUACCGGAAAGAAUGUCUUCCAACCCGCCGAGGAUUUGAUACUUACUUUGGAUAUCUCUUAGGUAGUGAAGAUUACUAUUCCCAUGAGCGCUGUGCAUUAAUUGACAGUCUGAAUGUCACACGAUGUGCUCUUGAUUUUCGAGAUGGGGAACAGGUUGCAACAGGAUAUAAAAAUAUGUAUUCGACAAACAUAUUUACUGAAAGAGCUACAGCCCUCAUAACUAGCCAUCCACCCGAGAAGCCUCUGUUUCUCUACCUUGCUCUUCAGUCUGUCCACGAACCCCUUCAGGUCCCUGAGGAGUACCUGAAACCCUACGACUUUAUCCAAGAUAAGAAUAGGCAUUACUAUGCAGGAAUGGUGUCUCUUAUGGAUGAAGCAGUGGGAAAUGUCACAGCAGCCUUAAAAAGCCACGGGCUCUGGAACAACACGGUGUUCAUCUUCUCCACAGAUAAUGGAGGACAGACAUUGGCAGGGGGCAAUAACUGGCCCCUUCGAGGAAGAAAAUGGAGCCUGUGGGAAGGAGGCAUUCGAGGAGUGGGCUUUGUGGCAAGCCCCUUGCUGAAGCAGAAGGGUGUGAAGAACCGGGAGCUCAUCCACAUUUCUGACUGGUUGCCGACUCUCGUGAAGCUGGCCAGGGGAAGCACAAAAGGCACCAAGCCUCUGGAUGGCUUUGAUGUGUGGAAAACCAUCAGUGAAGGAAGCCCAUCCCCCAGAAAGGAGCUGCUGCAUAAUAUCGACCCAAACUUUGUGGAUAUUUCACCGUGUCCUGGGAAAAGCCUGGCACCAGCAAAGGAUGAUUCUUCUCAUCCAGCGUAUUUAGCCUUCAACACAUCUCUGCAUGCUGCAAUUAGACACGGGAACUGGAAACUCCUCACCGGCUACCCAGGCUGUGGCUGUUGGUUUCCUCCGCCGUCUCCAUACAACGAUUCUGCGAUACCCUCAUCAGACCCACCGACCAAGACCCUCUGGCUCUUUGAUAUUGAUCAGGACCCAGAAGAAAGACAUGACCUGUCAAGAGACUAUCCCCAUAUUGUCGAGCAGCUCCUUUCCCGCCUCCAGUUCUACCACAAACAUUCAGUGCCUGUGCAUUUCCCGGCACAGGACCCCCGCUGUGACCCCAAGGGCACUGGGGCCUGGGGCCCUUGGGUAUAGGACUUCUGGCAGCCUGGGGGAGCCAGACCACCUUUUCUGUCACAAGUUAGACUUCAGGCCUUUACUCCUGCAUCUCGUGUCUCUCCCAGCCUGGGUUCGCCUGGUCCUUCUCUUGUUUCUGAACCACACUGAGGAAUCUCAUUUCAAACCCCAGUGCAUAUAAGAAGCUGAUAAAACCUGGAACAGUCCUGUUGUUGGCUGGGGUGUGUGUCUAGAGGAGAGGGGGGCUGAGUUCAACCCCUUUUUCCUGAGUGUGGGACAGCUGGGAACUUGACUUGAAAUAGGAAGUUCUCGUUGAGUCCUAGAGGCUGGAGCAGCUGGCUCUUU